AUGAAGAUAGACCUGCAUAGCUAUGUACAGGGUAGGAGGACAAAGUUUGAGUAUGAGGUGACCUUCAACCAGAUUGUUCGCUUUGUUCCACACGUGGCUCAUGAUGAGACGGGGAAGGCAAGGCAGUUCCACCAGGGCCUCAAGCCUUCAAUCCGCUACACUAUGAUUGCUUUUCUAGUGGUGGACUUCCGCACCAUGGUCGAGCAAGCCUUGGAUGAUGGCCGCUACUUCUUCUUUGGUGCCUCUACCUACACCUACACUGCAGUAGUUCUUGCCUGCGCCAUUCCCUUAGCAGUACCUGAUGGUGCCACCUACUACACCAACAACUUCUUUGACACCUCAGCUUGGUGCAUUUCAACUGCCCCAGACUACUACUUCAUCAGCACCGCCUACAUCGUAGGUUUUUCUAUCUGCUCUGGCUGUGUUAUCUCUCUUGCGGAUGGGGAUUUUGUUGCUAAUCUCGUGGUGAUUCCUUUGGAGCCUGUUGAUGUUAUUCUUGGCAUGGAUAACCUUUCUCAUCAUCAGUUGUUCCCUGACCGCUGGACGCAGAAGUCUUGCAUUCUCCUAGCUAUGGUUGAUGGUCGGGAUGCUGCUUUGCGAGUGGAGGAUAUUCGUGUGGUUUGCCGCUAUCCUGAUGUGUUUCCUGAUGAGCUUCCAGGUUUACCUCCUAAAAGGGAGUCUGUUUUCCAGAUUAAGUUGAAGAAAUAUCCUUUGCCUCGUACUGAUGCUUUGUUUGAUAUGUUGAGAGGAGUAAUGGUGUUCUCCAAGAUUAACUUGCAGUCCGGUUAUCAUCAAAUAAGGAUUAAAGAGGAAGACAUCGAGAAGACUUCUUUUAGCACGAGGUAUGGGCAUUAUGAGUAUGUUGUUAUGUCUUUUGGACUAACAAAUGCCCCUGCUGUUUUUAUGGAAGCCAUGAACAGGAUAUUACAUGAGUACUUGGAUAUCUUUGUUGUGGUGUUCAUUGAUGAUAUCUUAGUCUAUUCUAAGUCUGAGGAGGAGUGUGAGGUUCAUCUCGCCCUUGUUUUGGAUGCUCUUUAG